UGCGAUCACGUUAUCUCGCGACUUCUAGGACAGCCAAUAGUGAUCGUCCUUACUUGGACGUUGACAAAACCAUUUGGAACUGCUUUCUACUAAUCGUAAACGAGCCGAUGCUGAAAGCUGCUGCCGACUGACGCCAGACGACAGGAUGCCUUCACUGACUCUUAGGGGAGUGACUGUGAAUUUCCCUUUUUCUCCAUACGAAUCUCAGAAGGCAUACAUGAACAAAGUAAUCGAAUGUCUUCAGGAGAAAGUCAAUGGGGUUCUGGAGAGCCCCACAGGCACAGGUAAGACUUUGUGCCUGCUGUGCGCCACCCUGGCCUGGAGGGAGAACUUCAAGGACACCAUGUCUACCUGUAUGAUGCCAGAGACGCUGGGCCAGGAGAUGUUUCCAAACACACCUCUGUCUUCCUGGGGGACAGCUCACGGUGACAAACCAACCUACUACACUGAUGUCCCCAAGAUCAUAUACGCAACGAGGACACAUUCUCAGCUUACACAGGUUAUUAAUGAGUUAAAGAACACUUCAUACAGCCCAAAGGUGUGUGUGCUGGGCUCAAGAGAGCAGUUGUGUAUUAAUCAGGACGUCAUGUGUCAGAAGAGCAACCACGUCAAAGUUCAUAUGUGCAGAGGAAAAGUUUCCACCGGGUCAUGUGUCUACUACAAAAAAGUUGAAGAAAAGAGCACUGAUAGAGACUUUGUUAGUUCUAUCCUUGAUGUGGAGGAUUUGGUCCAAUUUGGCAACAAGCAGAGAGUCUGUCCUUACUACCUCUCCCGUUCACUGAAACAAGAAGCAGAUGUCAUUUUUAUGCCAUACAACUACCUGCUAGAUCCAAAGAGCCGUAAGGUGCACAGUAUCGACCUGAAUGGAGCUGUGGUUAUCUUUGACGAGGCUCACAAUGUGGAAAAGACAUGUGAAGACUCAACAUCAUUUGAUCUCACUCCCUACGAUGUAGCCUCAGCCAUUGACGCUGUGGACAGGCUGCUUGUGGAGCAGUCUAAAGAAAUCAGCCACAGAGGCUCUGUGAAUGUAGACUUUAGUGUAGACACCUCCAGUUCUGGUUUAAAAUUAGGCGUCUCCACCAUUGCAAAAAUCAAACAGAUACUACUGGAUCUGGAAGCUGCCAUUCAUGCCUAUGAUCCAAGUGAUCAAGGCAUUACCAAACCUGGAAUCUUCAUCUAUGAGGUGUUCGAAAAAGCUAAUCUGACGUUCAGCAGCAAGACAGCAGUCUUUGAAGCUCUGGAGCACAUCAUUGGAUACCUGGCACAACAGCCAGGAAUAUUUCUCAAUACUAGUGGACUCCAGAAGCUUUCUGAUAUCAUACAGCUGGUAUUUUGUGGUGAACCAUCAGAAAAGGAGAAACAACACCAGAUGGAAACCAACACGGCUCAUUUUAAGGUUCAUAUCCAUUGUGUUGAUAUGUGGGCUUCAGGUUCAUCCAAAAAGCAAGGAAAUAUUCUGAGUUACUGGUGCUUCUCUCCGGCCUUCAGUAUGCAAGAUCUGGUGAAUCAAGGCAUUCGCUGCAUCAUUCUGACAAGUGGUACCCUAUCGCCCCUGUCUUCUUUCACAUCUGAGAUGAGAAUAGAAUUCCCAGUAUGUCUGGAGAACAGCUAUGUGAUUGAGCGCGACCAGAUCUUUAUGGGCGUCAUUGCACAAGGCCCAGAUGGAGUGCCCUUAAGUUCAACGUUUGAUCGAAGGUUUGUUCCUGAAAACAUGGCAUCUUUAGGCAACACUGUUGCCAACCUGAGUCGUCUGGUUCCUCAUGGACUCUUAGUAUUUUUCCCUUCCUUUCCUUCAAUGGAAAAAGCACUGGAAUUCUGGAGGGCUAACGGACAUGCAAACCGCAUUGAGAAGUUAAAGCCCAUGUUUGUUGAACCUACAGAGAAGGGCACCUUUAAUGAAGUCAUUGAUGGUUAUUACACCAAAGUCAAUGAUCCCCGAUCCAAAGGAGGAGCCUUCUUUGGUGUGUGUCGAGGGAAGGUGAGGAGGCUGUCCAUGGACUCUGCAAAAGUCCUACAAUGUUUUCUGUUGUCAUGUUUCAGCUCCAACUUUUGCUGUAUAGUGUGGGUAUACAGUUGCGAUCAGAAGUUUACAUACAAUCAUCAUGAUCAUGAAUGUUCGUACAAAUCAUCCAUCUGUACCAUACUUGAUAGUUGGUGCAGUGUUGUUAGGUGUUAAGUCCUCACUUUUACU